AUGGCCAAAGCUAAGAAGACCGGCGAUACCCUCGCCUCCCGUCUUGCCCUUGUUAUGAAAUCAGGCAAAGUCACCCUUGGAACUAAGAGCACCCUCAAGACGCUCCGCUCUGGCAAGGCCAAGUUGAUUCUCAUCGCUGCCAACUGCCCACCUCUCCGAAAGUCCGAGCUUGAAUAUAUGGCUAUGCUUGCCAAAUGCCCCGUUCACCACUUCGGCGGAAACAACAUUGAACUCGGCACCGCAUGUGGUAAACUCUAUCGCUGCUCUGUUCUGACUAUCCUCGAUGCUGGAGACAGUGACAUCUUGAGCCGUGAGGCAUAG